UCUCUCCAGUGUUUCUCUCUCGAGUCUAAUGUCCAUGUUGGAUAACGGGAAGGCAACUUUUCUUCACAGCACAGUAUAAUAAUGAACUUGACAGGAGCAGCUGCUGGAGCUGCAGGACGCGGCCAGUGGACCGGUUCAGGCUCCGGGUCUUUAACCUGCAACCCCCGAAAAUUCAGCGAGAAAAUCGCCCUGCAGAUUCAGCGGCAAGCCGAAGAUAUAGCCGCCUUCCAGGAGGUUAUGAUGGACAUCACUUCCACCAGGAUUCAGGCUCAGAAAGUUCAGCAAGCAAGAAGUUUGGCUUCAUAUUAUGGAGGAUCGCUGCCAAAUGUCAGUCAGAUGUCAGCAUGUCCAACAGGAAAUCAGAGUCAGUUUCUGUCUAACCCAGACUACAGUGUCACCCAACAGUCCCAGAUGAAGACAGAACACGGACAGAGAGAUCACCGACCCAGCAUCCAUGGACGGACAAACAGGAGACAUAUUGACAGCGCCCCCUAUCUGUCUGUCCACUUGUCUCCUCCCUCAGGCCCCAGCUGGCGGAGGAACUGCUUCAUCAGAGCUGCAAAUGAAAAAUGCCAGACGGACCAAAUGCCGAUGAUGGCCCUUAGUAGGACUCGCUCAGACUCGGCCCUUCACACCAGUGUGAGGAUGACCUCCAUCGGUGACCCAUAUCCUGAACAGGUCCUGUCUGGCUGCUCAAAAAAAACUGGGACCCCAUUGUUUUCACCUCCAGUGCCUCCGAUUGAAGAGAAUGUCCAAGAGGAAGGAAGGACUUCUAAAUUACAGAAGAUACCUUCAGCAUCAUCUGGAUGUGACACCCCUGGAAAUCACGUAAGCGGCUCUUUGCCAGACCUCUCCAGUCUGUGUCUGCCCUCUGCAGCGCCUGAGGCUUCAAACUUGCAACCUCCACUCAACACAAACCCGAUCAGCAGCUCCAUCGGCGUACACCACUUACCCAGCAGUACUGCACAUGACAUCUCGACUGACAGUGAUUUUCCCUUGCCUAGUUUGUCCUCAUGUCUCCAGGCGAUCAUCAGUAAUCCCUCGCUUCAGUCUUCUCUCAGCAACCCUAAUCUCCAGACGACACUUAGCAGCCCCUCACUACAUGACUCUCAAAGCUCCACGUCCCUGUGCGCGUCACUAAGCAGCUCCUCCCUGAAGUCCUCCCUUAGUAGCCAAUCUCUGCGUUCCUCGUUUAGUAGCUCGUCUCUGAGUAACCAGUCUUUCCAAUCAACAGCUAGCAGCUGCAGUUACAGUAGUGGGAUUGGUGGAUCGUGCUCUUGCUCCUCAUCCUCUCUUUCCUGCUCACCACGCACUUGUGAGCAGGUAACAGUGUCGCACACGACUUCAUCAGUGAGAAGAAGCCAGCUCAGCCCCUUAAUGGUGCCCAGUGGUGAAGAAUCCCUUUGGCAACAACCAACUCUGUCUCCCACACGCUCCUGUAUCACCCAGGGGGUUCCACUUAACAGCACCAAAGCACGACAAGAAGUCAAACCCCCACCAUAUCCUUACAGUAAAGUUCCUCUAACAGGGACUCCAAAGGUCCAUAAUUCUUCUCCGUCUUGGCAGCUCUGUCACUCGGUGGGAUGGGAUCAGUGCAGACAAAAUAACAGAUGGUGCCAACAGCAAGACGCAAAGCUGUUAAGUUCUCAGUGUAAACCACAAAAACAUUAUAUGCAGCAUCAGAAGCCACAAUACCAAACACAGGACAGCCUGCUGAGUCCCUAUCACUACACACCUCAGCAACAGCUAGACAAACAAACACCAUAUGCACCACAGCACUACCGACAGACUCAAAGUAAUCAACAGUCGCAGCAGCAACCAAUAAACUGUGCACAGACUCAACAAUACUUGCAUCAACAAGCACAACAAUUUCCACCACAGCAGCAACAGCAAUACCAGCAACUUGACCAAUGCUGGAAUCAGCAACUACAACUCGUAAACCACAACCAGAACCAGCUACACUACCAAAGCAAAGAUGAAGGUCAUCAGAACCAGCAACCUCUUCACCAUUUCAGUGUCGUGGCUGCUCAGAAAGAAUACACAUCAUGGAACGGUCCAUUAAAUCAACAAAACUUUCCUAAUAUGAGAAUACAAAGAUCUCUCGGGACGUACAUGCAUCUGAAGGAACGGCCGAAACUGCAGUCCAAGAAGCUGGUCCAAGAAACUGAAAGAGAGCAAGCUCACGGCUCUAAACUAGUCCAUUCUCUGAGAGAUCUCCAGUUUAGUAAAAUGGCUUCAACCAGUUCACCCGAGAAUGAAUUUGAGCUUCACAAUAAAUCCUACAUCGGCCUUCAUCUGACACCGAGCCAGACAGAAGCUCUUUCCCAGAAGCUUGGCCAACUCCAAAAGGUCACCAGAAAUUCUGACCCCAAAUGUCAGGAUGUAGACGGGAAACACCUGCGUGAUGUCGAGCACUUCAGGAACUCGCCAACCCAGAGUUACAGUGAUGUGUCAUGUAGUUUCCCUAGCAUCAGCUGUGCAGUGCCAUCUGCCUGCUUGGACGAUGUGAUUUCAGAUCUGCCAUUCUCAGUUCCAGAAUUUGACCUGGACCCCUUUGUCCUGGCAGACUGAAUCACCUGAAAUAUGGAGGAUUUUAGCUAUGUGCAAAAGUCAAAUAUUACACACAAGCAUUAUUAAUCAGGAUAAAAUGUACUAAAGGAGGAGGAAGAGUAAAUAUUUUAACCAGUGGCCAUAAAACGUGGCCCACAAUGUAACUUGCAUUAGAGAAAAUGGACCUUAUGUACAGAAUAUGAAAUAGUUUAGAAUGUCUACAAACCUUUAUUAAUAUUUCAGAGUGUAGUUUUUAAAACCAUUUAAUGUUCAGUCUUACUUAAAAACUUCAACUUCGAAGUUAGAUUUUAAGUUUGAAUUGGUCUUAACCAGCUUUAGAAGUAACCGCAGCUUCGUCUAACUAAUAGAACAGCACCACUUUCUUUGUGGUGCCUACUGAAUGAAGAUGUUUAUAUAAAUGCUUUGCACUAUAAAACCACAUUAAUGUAAACUAUUUAAUGUUAAAGUGAAUAUUAAAAAUAAAACUA